AUGAGCAGGCGCGUGGUUCGGCAGAGCAAGUUCCGCCAUGUGUUUGGGCAGGCGGCAAAGGCCGACCAGACCUACGAGGACAUCCGUGUGUCCAAGGUCACAUGGGACAGCUCCUUCUGUGCCGUCAACCCCAAAUUCCUGGCCAUUAUCGUGGAGGCUGGAGGUGGGGGUGCCUUCAUGGUCCUGGCUCUGGCCAAGACAGGGCGAGUGGAUAAGAAUUACCCAUUGGUCACUGGGCACACUGCUCCUGUGCUGGACAUCGACUGGUGCCCACACAAUGACAACGUCAUCGCCAGUGCCUCAGAUGACACCACCAUCAUGGUGUGGCAGAUUCCAGACUAUACCCCUGUGCGAAACAUUACAGAGCCCAUCAUCACACUUGAGGGCCACUCCAAGCGCGUGGGCAUCAUCACCUGGCACCCCACUGCCCGGAAUGUCCUGCUCAGUGCAGGCAGUGACAACAUGAUCAUCAUCUGGAAUGUGGGCACUGGGGAGGUGCUGCUGAGCCUGGACGACAUGCACCCCGACGUCAUCCACAGCGUGUGCUGGAACAGCAACGGUAGCCUGCUUGCCACCACCUGCAAGGACAAGACCCUGCGCAUUAUUGACCCCCGCAAGGGCCAGGUGGUGGCGGAGCGAGCCCGGCCUCACGAGGGCGCCCGCCCGCUGCGGGCCGUCUUCACGGCAGAUGGGAAGCUGCUCAGCACCGGCUUCAGCAGGAUGAGUGAGCGGCAACUCGCGCUCUGGGACCCGAACAACUUUGAAGAGCCAGUGGCACUGCAAGAGAUGGACACAAGCAACGGGGUCCUACUGCCCUUCUACGAUCCCGACUCCAGCAUCGUCUACCUGUGUGGCAAGGGCGACAGCAGCAUUCGGUACUUUGAGAUUACCGACGAGCCGCCUUUCGUGCACUACCUGAACACGUUCAGCAGCAAGGAGCCGCAGCGAGGCAUGGGUUUCAUGCCCAAGCGGGGUCUGGACGUCAGCAAGUGCGAGAUCGCCCGGUUCUACAAGCUGCACGAAAGAAAGUGUGAACCCAUCAUUAUGACUGUGCCCCGCAAGUCAGAUCUGUUCCAGGACGACCUAUAUCCAGAUACGCCAGGCCCUGUGCCAUCCCUAGAAGCGGACGAGUGGAUCUCGGGCCAGGACGCCGAGCCAGUGCUUAUCUCGCUGAGGGACGGCUACGUACCCGCUAAGCACCGCGAGCUACGGGUCACCAAGCGCAACGUCCUGGACGUCCGCCCACCCUCCGACCCCCGCCGCAGCCAGUCAGCCAGCGAUGCCCAGCUGUCGCAGCAGCACACUCUGGAGACGCUGCUGGAGCAGAUCAAGGCCCUUCGCGAGCAGGUGCAGGCCCAGGAGCAGCGCAUCACGGCUUUGGAAAACAUGCUGUGCGAGCUGGUGGACGGCACGGACUAG